AUGGCCAAGGCGCUCACCGACUCGGAGAAGGCCUUCCUGGGUAACGGCAGCGAAAAUUACCGCACAUCGGCCGCAGCGUUCAAGUGGGAGGAGUCGGAGCAGUGGCAGCACUACUACAACAACCUCUUCCCGGCCCCGCCAGCCAGCAAACUACCCAAGUACAAGCGCGCAUGGUACCGACGUGCGGUGGACCCGAACUUCCCAGCCGAUUCCACUGUAGGAGACGUCGACACGCCGUCUACUAGCAAGAGCACCUCAACACCCACUGCCAGGCCGGCACAAGAAACGCCCAGAAGAAGCUUCCUUACGUACGAGAUGGUGAAGGACGUGCUGGUGCGCCUCGAGCUCGCGGCGAGGCUGAUCUUCCUCGCGUCGACCUUCCUGAUGAUUGCGCUGCGCCUGACGAGGAUUCUGCCUGUUAGACAUUUCAUGGUAAGUCGCUGGCGCGUGCGCAGCGCAAACGUGCCGCAGCUCACGAGCACCGCGUCGACAAUGUCGUACUUCCUCUUCCUCAUCUUCGCCAUCCUCAAGGACCACGGCAAGCCGAGGGUCUCCCUGGAGUACCUCACGCGCGUGAUUGGGGACGGCAACCUGAUCUACAUCGCGUUCGGAGCCGCCGUGUUCCACGCGCCGAAGGCGCUGGUGAUACUCGCCCCGCAGGUGCUCACCUGCCUCAUCGGACUGGACAAGCUCUACAAGAACCACCACCACCUGAUGCCGCUGCUGCUCAAGUCCGACAUCGCCGUCGCCGUGUUCAAGCAGGUGGACAACUACAUCGUCGAGAUGCACACGCUGCGCGCCGUGAUGGAGGUCGCCGUGCUCUUCCACAUGAUAUUCGGGCUCAUAUUCGGCGGCUGGACGAUCAUCAGCGUCCUGCUCUUCUCGAACUUCAUCAAGAUGAAGUGAGUCGCUGGGCGAACGCAACAUCACGCGUGCAGGCUGGCCAGGAACGACGUAUACCUGGUUUCUGUAUUACGCCAAGUGCACGGUACGCGGGUUUACAUGCGUGUCUCACGAUGUGCAGACGCUAUCAGCCGCCUGGUGGCGCACCCGUCGCUGCCGCCGGUGGUGCGCAAUGGCUACCACAAGGUGGUCGUGCUACUACAGAAGUACUUCAUGCCCAGGAGGCCGUGA